ACAUGUGCGUGACAGCGAAAGGGUUGCGUCACAGUUCAAAACAAGAGUCUGGCGCCGUGUGGUUUUGGGUUUUAUGAAGAUGUCUCACAAUAACUCUGACAAGGAUGACCAGUCUCCAAGUAAUAAGAAGGGCAUCUCUCUCCCCAUCUCCAGAGUCCGACUCAUCAUGAAGAGCUCCCCCGAUGUCUCCAGCAUCAACCAGGAGGCACUUUUCCUCACCACCAAGGCCACAGAGCUGUUUGUGCAGCAUUUGGCUGUGACUUCUUUCAGCAAGGGCUCAGGAAAGGAGUCCAACUCUUUGUCGUACAGUGAUCUUGCAAACACAGCAGAAGAGACUGAAACUUUUCACUUCCUCACAGAUAUUCUUCCAAAGAAGAUCUUGGCGCGAGACUAUUUAAAAUCUUUGUCAGAAAUGAAAGAAGAGGAUGCAGACUUUUAAAUUGGACAGUGGAGCCACUUGAAUUGUAUGUAAGAUAAACAUCAUGUUUUUCCUGCCUUUGAAAUGUAUGUAUCUUGAACAGACAUAUAUUGUCCUAAACAUAGUACAGAUAUUGUACAGAAUUGUUGCCACAACAAAUUGAAUGAAAUCAAUAAUUAAUAACAUCUCUCAGUCGUUGAAGUAGCUCCAGUAUUUUUACAAACGAUAUUCAAGUAACUUAACCCAAUUAACCCUGGUAUAAAGGAAACAAUGUUCUGUACAAAAAAUGUAAUUUAUGGAAAUGUAAAGACAUCUUGGCUAUCUUGUUUUUACAAUUGGAAAUAUUGUGGUAGCAGUGCCAUUAAACAAGUUAACAACUCUCCCUUGGCCUCUAAAAAGGAGACAUCAUGUACGAUCCACACAGCUGGGGUACAGAUGUGUGGGCUCUUGGUAAACACUUGAAAUGUUGUUACUGUUUCUAGUUAAAGUGUGGUAUUUUAUAAAUGACUAACUAGACUGAUAUAAAGCCAGACUUCUAGUUGUGUGACCAAAGGAUACCUCUUCUGCUUCUACAUGACACACUGCUUUGGAUGUCCAUACCUGAAGAUUAUGUGAAUAUUAAGUGUACUAUGUAUACCAGCUGAUUUAAACAAGCCAUCUACUGUUUUGCUUUGAUAUAAAAAAUCUAAAAUAUAACAGUUUUCUUAGUUUAUUUUAUUACAAUAAAUCUAUCUGAUGACCUUGCCCCUUUGA